CCUCUCUCGGUAGUUUUGUGUACUUUCUGGUUUUCAGACACCAGCAGUUUCGCGCGUGCGAUUGACAUCGGUUAUUGUGGAUGUUUACUUGGCUGACAAACAUGCUUUGAUAUGAAAAUAUCGGCGUCAAGCAUAAAUUAAAAAUCUUAUCUUUUUAAAACAUUAAACGGCACGGAUCAUGGAGUUUUCAAUUAGUGUAUUAUCAUUAUUGUUAAUCGUUACAAAUGUGAUGAAAAUCGUAUCAACACACAGUGAUUCAUUCGAUGAGGAAUUGUUGUUGAAGCCUUUACCGAGUGGUCAUGUUUACGCAUAUUUUCAAUUUACAACAUUAUGGCACAUACCGAAAAAUUCACCGGCACUGCAACAUUCCCACCUAUUUCCACGAGGCUUGGCAGUGACAAUAGCUCGUCAUCAGGUCGAUGAACUACAUAUUUCAUUGACGGAGGGCUUAUGGAAAUAUGAUAAAUGGGGUUAUCCUGUUCACGACGCUGGACCUGGUGCAGAAAUUUAUGCUUGGUUCAACAAAAACGUCACGGACGUUGAUCAAGAAUGGAAAGGACUUACAAAUGCCCUUGCCGGCCUGCUCUGUGCGUCUCUCAAUUUUGUGGAUCCUUCAAACAGCAUGUCCCCUGAAUAUAGUUUCAGGCCAAUGGGUGCUGUAGACGAAGAACCAAAGCCGAAUCAUCUACGAUAUUCUUCAUUGCCCAGAGAAAUUGUGUGCACUGAGAAUUUAACACCGUUUAAAAAAUUACUGCCAUGCGAUUCUCGGAAGGGUUUAGCGACUCUGCUAAAUUCAGCCCCAAUCCACAACACUAAUUAUCAUUCCAUAGGAAUUCAUUUCCGCUCUGUUUGUCGUAAUGCAGCAUGUACAAAGACGUCCUUGGAACUUAGACAAACAAUUUCUCUCGUUUAUGAUACAAUGGCCGAUGAUUCUCAGGACUGGUCCAUAAGACGAUUAUUCGGUAUGGGUCUCCAAGGUGCAUGUCCUUUGGCAACAAUGAGCAAAGUUUACAUCGAUAUUUCGGGAAAUGGAAGUUUUCAUACUUAUCGUUUGGCACCUGAACCAUCAUCCAUAAUAACGAGUUUGAGAGGAGGACAGAAGAAUCGUUUUGCUGUUUAUGACAUCAGAGACCACGCGAAACGUGGGAUUUUCAAUGUUGCUACAAUACAUAGCCCUUCGAAAACGAAUUUAAUAACUUACCCGUCAAUUUUGUCAGCGAAUCGAUACGUUAUCGGUUAUGGCCAGGAGAAAGGCAGUUUAGUAACGAAACUGUACAAUAAUCAUUGGCAACCCAUAGACGUUAUCAUUCUCGAAAAUAUUCCAUGGUAUUUGUCCGUAUAUUUACAUUCCAUAAAAAUCGAGAGAAACAAUGAAAUUGUUGCACCACUUGUUCAGCGAUAUUUGCCGGGAAAAGAGCGCAAGCAGCCGUACUAUUUGGAGUUGAUAGUCCGAUUACCAGCGCAUUCGGUGACGAAAUUCUCGAUCGACAUGGAUUAUUUGUUUUUGAAAUGGCAGGAAUAUCCUCCAGACGCAAACCAUGGUUUUUACAUGGGAUCAGCAAUAAUAACAGCUUCAUUGCCCAUCGCACGAAAUUAUACGGGUUUGCCGUUAGACGGAAGCACAAUAAUGUCGAGCUUCAAUGCUUCGCGCGAAGGCUAUCUCGUUCAGAUGAGAACUGAAACGAUUUUAAUAACUUUACCGACUCCCGAUUUUUCAAUGCCUUACAACGUCAUUUGUUUGGCUUGCACUGCAGUCGCUUUGGCUUUCGGACCCUUGCACAAUAUUUCGACCAAGAGAUUGGUUCUCAAACAUAUUCAAAAAAGUUGGCGAGCCAAAUUAAUGACAUCGCUCACCGGUUAUUUCAAAACAAAACCAAAAACUGAUUAAACAAUAAGAAUGUCCAGUUUUGGGUCAAUGAAAUGCAACGAAAUUUCCUUUUUUUAUACAUCGCCGUCUAUCUUGCAACCUAAUCGAAUUUCAAAAGUUGCUCACUGUUAUUGUUAAGGUUCUUUUUCUGAACCAACCAAAGAUCUUUCCAAAACAGUGAUUGCAAUAGAAAAAGUGCGAAUAGUAGAAAUUUAACCAAAACAUUCAUCUCGAAACGUGCACAAAUAAAUGGUGAGCCUAACUUUCGCCAUUGGACACGAAACUUUCAUACGUGAAACCCAAAACCGAUUAUAGAUCAGUUAAAUGCAAGAAUAUUUCAAAUUGCAUCCUGAGAUUUCGACUUUGAAAAUUAGUUGAGCUUGAGCUACAACCAAACGCCAAACUCAACGAAAAAAAUGCAAUCUAAAAAAUUGCUCGAUAAUAUUCGUAAACAGAAACGUUUCCGUUGCGAUUCAAAGACGCAAAAUGUGAAAGAAAUUACACUUUAAAGCUUGAGCUCUACGAGCUGGAACCAAAUAAACAUUGUGUUUAACAGUAUUUACGAUAAUGUGAAACGCGAAGAGUGAAUCGAACAAAAUGAAUUUUGAACACAAAAA